AUGGCAAUGCCACUGAACCUACCAGAAAAUACAGAUGACUGAACAGAAGAUAUAAAUUGAUGUUUGGAAAGUCAUAGAAUUAAUAAAAAGCACAGGGAAAUCUUGACUGCAAAAGAUAUGCAUAGAGUAAUCUUGAAGUGGUUAACUAAAAAUCACCUUGUUGAUAUGGGCAUAGCACAUGGAUGAGCUAUCCAUAUAGAACAGCUAUUCAAACAAUUGCAGAAAACAUCCUCUGAAGAUCUUAGUCAGAUGAAAGAGGGAAAAGGUAGUAAAAAUGUUCCUAAAAUACAACAUUUGAUGUAAGAAGAAAAUGGAGAAACUUCAAAGCAAAAGCAAAAUGAUACAGAGAAAUCAGUUAUGGCUAAUGCCUCUACAGUGAGUACAGUCACUAAAAAUGAGUUCAUGGAAGAUGAAAUAGAUGACACAAAGGAAAGGCAGCCAUCCAGAGAACUGACAUGUGUAUCAUACUUUUUUGAUGAAUGUAACCCAUAUCACUACAAAUCGAAUUUUAGUCUACAGCCUGAAACAGGACCACCACUCAAUCUCACUGAUCCAACAAAUUAAUUCAAAACCUAUUUGUGAAUUUAGAGAAACAGCUGCAGAAGAGAUGUUAAGGUGAAAUUUAGCAAUGAAGUUUUCCAAUUUGCUUCGGGUUGUAUGAAUUCACCUACUAAUGGCACCAUUCAUUUUGGAGUUAAAGGCAAACCCUAUGGAAAAAUUCUUUACAUGAAAGUCACCAAUUUCACCAAGGAAGCCCUCAUUGACCAUUUUAAAUUGAUGAUCCACCAGUAUUUUGAAGACCAUCAGGUCCAAAAAGCAAAGAAGUACAUUUGAGAGCCAAGAUUUGUAGACGUUUUACUGCUAAACCGUAGGUAUCCUGACAGAUUUGUAUUAAAGUGAAGGUCAUUACAAAGUACUCUGAAUAUAACAAGAUUAUUUCCAUACUAAAAUGCAAAAUCACAACAACAGAACAUGGAAACUAAGUCCAAAAUAUUCAGUCUUCAUGUGAGAUGGGGCCAGCUCUAAAGACAUCAUGAAAAAUAAUGCAGAUUUCAGAGCAUUUAAAUUAGAUUUGAAAGCACUGUCAGAGUCUAGAAAAGAGGCAGAAGAAACAUGCAAAGUAAAAACAAAUAAAAAAGAGAGUAAGGGACCAACACUUGCUAAAUUAUUGACAGGAAAUCAGGAUUUGUUUGAUAAUUCAUUCAAACCACGACUGGUACACAUUCUUGUGACAAAUAAAUGCCAUCUGAAUCAAAUAAAACACUUAGAUUCCCUAAAGGAAAUUUAAUGACUUGCUGUGUUGGAGUUUAAUCCUAAAUCUGUGAGAAGGGGGGUAGUCAAAGCUUACAAAGAAAGCCAAAUCUGUAUGUGUAGGGGGAAAAAAUACAAAAUGAGAAGAUUUCUAGUCUGAAUCUUUAUCAACAGCCCAGCUGGAUUUUCAGCAAUGGCAGGUUAGACCUUAACAGUGAAAAAUAUAAACACUUAGAUCCAAGUUCCUUGCAAAGAGAAAAACUAUUUAUCUUUAUUAUUCUAUUACUCUCUUCCAUGGAUGACCUAAGAGACCUCCUCCUUGAGACCUUCUGUGCUUUCUACCAAGAUCUCAAAGGAAUGAAAAAUACAUCGUGUAUUUGUGUAUACUCACAUAUGUGUCAAGGAUAGAAAGGCCUACUCGAAACAAGAUUAAUAAACCAGCAAAAUGAGCUAUCAAGCUAAUGUGUUUCUGACUUAAGUCUUGAAGAAAUAAAUGGUACUAUUGUUCAA